CAUUAUCCCCUCAUCCUCUUCCUUCUUCCCCUCACCAUUUAUAUUACCCCCAUCUUACUCGCUUUUUGUCCUUAAAACAUCAUUCAUCACUUCUCUCUCUCUCUCCCUCUGUUUUCUUAACCAAAACCUUAAUUGUAUCGUGGGAUCCUCGGAAAGCGUAAACAGGUUACAGGUAGAGUGAAGUAAAGAUGGGCAGAUCUCCUUGUUGUGAGAAGGAACACACCAACAAAGGAGCGUGGACCAAGGAAGAAGACGAGAGGCUUAUUAGGUAUAUCAAAAAACACGGCGAAGGUUGUUGGCGGACUCUCCCCAAAGCUGCCGGGUUGCUUAGAUGCGGGAAGAGUUGCAGGCUGCGAUGGAUAAACUAUCUGAGACCCGAUCUUAAACGAGGCAACUUUACUGAGGAAGAAGACGAACUCAUCAUCAACCUUCAUAGCUUACUUGGAAACAAAUGGUCAUUGAUAGCGGCACGGUUGCCGGGAAGAACGGAUAACGAGAUCAAGAAUUACUGGAACACUCACAUUAAACGGAAGCUUCUCAGCCGUGGGAUCGAUCCGCAGACACACCGCGCUGUAAGUUCAGCUCAGAACACUGCGGCGGCGGACGCUGCCUCCCCUUCCGCCGCAGUUGUCCCCCUCGCUCUCUCCUCGUCCGCCAAGAACCUAGACCAACAACAACAUGAGACUGCUGCAGCUGGGUUUCUUCCGUGGAUGAGAAACACAAAGGCCGAGAAUUCGAACAACACUUCGACGACCACCGAGGAUUCCAACAGCAGCAGCGGCUUGUCAUCCGAGGAAAUAGUAUUGCACCCGGCGGCGGCGGCGGCUCCGCUAAUCAACCUGGAGCUGUCCAUCAGUCUUCCCCAACCGCCGGCGGCGCCGCCGUCGACGACGAAACUCGCCGGGAAAGAGUUUAACGAUCAAACCCGUAAAAACCAUCUCUUCUUCAGUCAGCGAGCAGUGUGUUUGUGUUACAAUUUAGGGUUUCAGAAUAGUAAUGCGUGUAACUGUGACAAAAUGAUGACGACGAGCAGCAUAAACGCUGAAGCAGGGAUGCACAGUUUUUACAGGCCCCUAAGUUUAUAAGGAAUUCUAAUUUCGCCCCUCUAUAUUAUAGUGAAUAUGAUCGCUUUGGUCCCGAAUACUUUUUGAGUCGCAUAAAUGUGAAAUUAGCUUUCAGUCGCA